AAAUAUUUGCUCCCAUUUCUUUUAUCAUUUCUAGGGAUUUUCUCCGGAAGUUGUGAUGGCAACGAAGUCAAAACUCAAGUCAGUCUCAGCACACCGCUCCUCGCCGCGUACUCGCUCGGGAGCAGUGUCAGAACCUAUUUCAACACCAGCCACUCGCUCCAGAUCUGUGCCAAAACCCAAUUCCGACUCAAUUCCCCGCACGACGCCCUUCUCCUCCAAGUCCAUCACACCCAUCAGCGGCGGCGGAGCCCUACUAAAGCCCGUCUCUUUGUCCGACUGGUGGCUAACAAAGAAGGCAAACAACAACAAGGGUCUGGGCGUUUCAGGAUUCGAAUCAAAAGGCGGGUCUAAAGUCAGACUCUUUUCAUCAGCAACCAUCUCAACGAGACACGACAGCACCACUCUCGAAACAUCUGAUGGCCUCACCGUCUCCAUCAGUGGCUUCAUCAACCGAUCUCGUUCUUUACAAAACGGGUUUUCACCUCAGCUUUGCAACCGUUUUCUCCUAGGGUUUCCUUAUCACUGGAAAGAUUACACUGAAGAAGGGUUCGUUGAGGAGGAUAAGAAUGAUUACGGCGUCGUUUCAUUUGAUGAUAUUCCUGUGAAUAGGUUGCAGGAUGUUCUGUUCACGGCUUCUUCUUGCUUUCAAGCUAAGAUCUUGGAUGAUUCUGUUGAUAGUUUAAGAGAUUUACUUCGUUCUAGUACUGAGAAAAAGGAAUGUCGGACACCAAGAAUGGACGUUGGAGAUGGGGAGAGUUUGGUUGUGAGUGUUAAGGGAGUGGAGACUAGAGGGAUGCUUAGAAGGAGAGAAGAGGGUGAAGCUUCCAUUGGGGAAAGACUCCACAGAUCGUCCAAGAAGAAGAGAGAUCAAUAGAGAGAAUUAACUUCAGUGUAGUGUACUACUUUUGGAUUGUUUUGUAACAAACAAGGAAUGUGAAAAUUUUCUUUAUUUAA